AGAAGUGAGGUUACCUAUGUCAUUUGUAUAAGACGGAAAUUAUAUUGGAUAAGUAAAUAGCUCUUUAAAAAACGAACGUUUUUAUAAAAUUAUGGCUAAAGGAAUCACUAUUUGAAGGGAAUGGAAACAAUAAGCAAUCAGUGAUAAAUAUAAUUUGACAUACAUAAGUGCUGGACACAGUAGUUGUAUCAUAGUUACAUUACAAUUGUAAAAUCUAUACUAUUAGACUGUGAAGUUGUCAGUAGUUCAAAUAUUAUCCAAAGAAGAACAAGCGCUAAUAUAAACAGCAAUUUUCUUAAAAACCUGGAUAUGGAUCUACUUAAAUUGAUGCAACUAAUACAAGUUUAUUCGAUCAAAUAUCUGAGGAGUCCAUUGGCAAGGUUACAUGAAGAUAAAUAUGUUACAUGAAUCAACAGAAGACAAAAAAUAUAAUGAUAAGUUAUCUGUUUAUGUAAAUUUAACAGAUAAGUAGAAACAAACCACAAUAUUCUUUGAAUUGGCUAUAAAUUAGUACAAAUAUGCAAUGAAAGUGGAAAAAUAAUAAGAUGUCUGUUUCUAUUGCUCCUACUUAAUAUUAUCGUGUAGUGUUUAAGUGAGACAUUAAAAUGGAAAGUUCUUCACGGCUCCUGAUAUAUACGUUAUGGAUGCUGCUUUUUCCAGAACUUUUCACAGUCUUCCAUGAAGGAGAAGCCGCCCAUGCCGUUAAGCGAUUUACAGGGUUGUAUACUGGACCAUACUUUGACCCUACAACUACUACUAAUAUAACGACCCAGCUCGGGACCCAUGCGUAUAUCCCCUGUAAAAUUAAACAACUUGGUAACAAAUCUGUGUCAUGGAUAAGGAGACGAGAUGCCCAUAUUUUAACAGUAGAUAGAUAUACCUUCAUAGCUGAUGAUAGAUUCCAGGCAUUCUUUGUUGAGGCAACGGACACGUGGACUCUACAAGUAAAAUACGUACAAGCUAGGGACGCCGGUCAAUACGAAUGCCAAGUUAGCACAGAACCAAAAAUGAGCCAUUUUAUUACAUUAAAUGUAGUUGUACCUAAAAUUGAGAUUGAAGGAGAGUCAGACAUAUAUGUCAAAAGGGGAAGUACAGUACAGCUGAAAUGUGUGAUAACCCAGUCCCUUGAAGAACCAGCAUACAUUUUUUGGUAUCAUGACGGUGAGCGGGUAUUAAAAUAUGAUCAGGGUCAAAUAGAUAUUAGAAUCGUAAGGAAAGGUUCAGACACAACUAUUAGUACAAUCACAAUUUUUCGAACAAGGCCAGAGGAUUCUGGAAAUUAUACAUGUAGUCCCUCAAAUUUAGAUUCAGCCAGUGUAUAUUUACAUGUUCUGAAUGAUAACUAUUAAAUAUGGUUUUUAUGGCUAUGAGAGCUAGUCAAACCUAACACGGUUACAAAAGUAUGUGUAACUGAACAGUAGUGGAAUAUAGAUGUGUUUUAUACAUUUUUUUGUCUCUGCAGAUUUAGAGGUACUUUCUGUACUUGCUUGGCUUCUCAUUAUUUUACAUAUCUGUUGUGAAUAUUGUAUAAUUAAAAACAUUACAUAAUCAAAAUGUGUAACAUUGCUACUCAGUGACCUUCCAACAACCAAAGAAAAUAUGUUUAGAAAAAUGAAGACUGAAGAGUAUUUAAUCUUUAUAGAUUCGUAGGUGCUUUUCGAUAACAAACCUCUUUGAAGAAGUUUUAUAGAAUAUUUGGAAAUUGCGGAAGCUUAUUUACAGACUUUGCAGGAAAUGUUAGCGAUUAAACUUAAUUUUUAAGAAAAAAAAUCUUUUUUUAGGUGAGACUGUCGUAAGCGAUCGUAAGUACUAUAUUUAAAAAUUUAAAACGUCUUCAAAACUUUGUUAAAAUUUUUCUGUGGUCAAAUCAAGUGGUCAACGUUAAACAAUGAAUGAUGCGAUCAAGAACUCUCACAAUAAUUACAACAUUUAUUUUCAUUAUGAUUCUAAGAUACAUUCAAAGGCUCUUCCCAGAAUAUUGAUAUUUGUAAGAUUAAGUAGACAAGUAAUAAAUUAUAUCAUGGUUUUGAAACUCACCAUUUAUAUUUUGGAAAUGAUAAGUAAAUUUUGAUUAAAGUAAGGAAAAUUUGCCAAAUAUGGCGAGAUCAGAAAUCGUAAAGUGCAAUGUGAAGGUUGGCGAUUAUAAUUUAAUUUAACAAUGUAUUAGUGUUGUGACGAAUUAGAGGAAGUGUGGUUUAGAUGCAUUGCUUAUCAGCUAUAACUGUCCAAAGGAUAUAGCGGGAUAAGUAUGACGAGUGGGCCCCCAAAUGACAACCUAUGUCGAAAUUAUGUUUUAAUAUCGACUUGAUGUACAAUCUCUAUCAUUGAAAGAUACAAUUGAGCUAGAAAGUUAUAACUAACGCGAGGUUUUAGCUUUAAAGAGCAUAUUUAUAUUUUUCUGGAUUUUUCGAAUUACACAUUAAAAAAAA